AUGUCAUUCCGUACACAACAUGACACAGUUAUCGAUGAUGAUGACGAGUCAUGUCCCCUUUGCAUCGAAGAGUUCGACCUGUCAGAUAAGAACUUCAAGCCAUGUCCCUGUGGAUAUCAGAUCUGCCAGUUUUGCUACAAUAAUAUAAAAACACAUAGUGAAGAAGGUCGAUGUCCAAACUGUAGACGUGUAUAUGACGAAAGCACAAUCCAGUACCGAGUUCCAGAUGCCGAUGAGUUUAAAGCGGAUUUGGCAUUGAAACAUCGCAAAGCUGCCGCAGCUAAGAAGCGGGAAGCCGAAAAACGAGAAAUAGAAGCGUCCAGUCGGAGAAACCUUGCUGGAGUCCGUGUUGUCCAGAAGAACCUCGUCUAUGUCAUUGGCCUCAACCCCACGAUACGAGAUGAAAGCCAACUUUUACAAACCUUGCGCGGAGACCAGUACUUUGGACAGUACGGUGAUAUUGAGAAGAUUGUUGUUAGCAAGGCAAAACCGGGUGGUAACCCAAACCAGGGCAUCGGUGUCUACGUCACCUUCGCUCGUAAAGCUGAUGCUGCAACCUGCAUUGCCGCGGUAGAUGGAUCGCCAAACGGUGAUCGUGUACUGAGGGCCCAAUAUGGAACCACGAAGUACUGCUCAUCGUUUCUUCGAAAUGAGCAAUGUAACAACCGUAACUGUACAUUCCUUCACGAAACUGGAGAGGAUAACGACAGCUUUAGCCGCCAAGAUUUAUCCUCCAUGAACACCCUAUCAUCACAACGUGUCCAUCCCAACCCACCCACUGGACCUGGUCCUUCCACAUAUUCCCCAUACACCCACCAUGCUCAACCUGUCAGACCCCCCUCACAUCCCAUCCAGAUCCCCACAGGCGCGCAGCCGAUGCGGAGACAAAAUAGCCGGGAUGAAGCUGGUAAUCGAAUUAAUACCGACUCUUCUGCUCUACCAUCAUCUGCAAGCUGGGCGAAUAAAGACUCCCAUGUUCAACGUGCACGACGACCAAGCUUGGCGGCUAGUCGCUCUUCCCCAAGCCCAAAAGGAUCGAAUGCUGUUGUGAACAAGAUUGAGGAUCUAAAACGUAGUGUUGAGAGGCAAUCUCAUUCUGCCCAAGAUUCUUCUCGCCAGCAAACCCCAACAAUACCAGAGGCCUCGGGUUCAUCUUCGCGUGCGAAUCGACCAGCCUCCCCGUCGCCGCCUGGCCUGCGCGAAAUUUCCGUGCUGGACGACUUGGUGAAAGCCGUAAACAGUCCCGACUUCCGUUUUAUAUUUUCAACUGCUGGCUUGUCACCUGAGGAGCUCGCGUAUAUUGAAAACCACCCUUCCAUGAUUGAUCCUUACGGUGGGGUGAAGCGUCGUGCUAUGCGUGAGAAAGCGGAGCAUGAGCGGGCGAACCAGGAAACUGACAACCAAAUGUUGCUUCACCUUAACACUAAUGAGGAAGAAAAUCUCGAGGGUGGCAGUUCGCAACUAGGAGGCGAGCCCGAAGAGAUGCAUUCAGCUGGUGCCUCGGGGCGGAAUACUAGAGAACCGCUUAGUGCCAUUCAGCCACCUUCGCAACAAACGACUACAGCAAAUUCUGCGAUUGGAUCGCCCGUCUCUGCUGGCCACCAGUUUCAAGGUCUAAACAUGGCUGGGAGGAGCCUCACGCCCCUCCAGCAACAGCAACUUCUGCUACUCAAAAACGCUGGCGGACAACAUAUGGGGUUAAUGGAUCAGUUGCAAUCGGCUUCCAUCUCCAGCUCAUUCGAGCACAAUCCUCAACAACGUGCAGCGGUCUAUCAGAACCAGAUGCCACAAAUGACUGGUGUGCAGGGACAUGCCAGGCAGUCGUCAAGAUUCUCGUUUGUAAAUGACGCCAAUGCCAAGAACGCAUCCAACCAAAGGCUUGUCAACCAGCAGGCAUCGACAAUGCAGAACGUUAACCCAAAUCCCCUUAAUGUGUCGACGGGCCAACAUGGUUUGGGAAGCCAUUACUUCGUUAGUGGUGUUCAAGGACCUCCCCCUGGUUUGAAAACUGCAGGCACUCCCCCAAUUAGUGGUGGAGGAAUGUUUGCUCAGGGUCACGGCUUCACAAGCACAAUGAAUAAUAACCUGGGUCUUGGGACCAAGCAAGAUCCUAACCCUGACCUAAUGCGUGAACUUAUGCGUGGUCGAAGUGGCACGAGUGGUGGUGGCGGCGUUCAAGCGCAUGAGGCUGCUAAGCGUGAGUUUAUGUUCCCCUUUAUUCAGAUGCACAACACACCCCCUCCCCUGGCUCCCGUAUCUGGCCUUCUCAGCUCUCUUUAUGGCCAUCAUAAUGGGUCCCACCAAGACCCGGGACCACAGAAGCAGAAGAAGAGGGGGAAGAAGCACAGACACGCUAACACUUCCUCCGGCGGAGGUGGUGUAGUAGAUCUUGCGGACCCGAGUAUCUUGCAGGCUAGAAUGCACCAGAGUGCAGCUGGUGCUACCCCUGGGCAGGGACUAUACGGGAGCCAGGGUCAAGGUGGGUACAAUCACUCCAACAUGGUCUAUGGUGGUGGCUUUGGCCGGUGGUGA